UUUCUUCUUUUUGCCUUCGUUAAAGAAUCUUUGAUGUUACCCCAUCAGAAUUACCCUACCAGCCGAGCCACUCCGUCACAAUCAAUCUUUAUAAGCUGGCAAUUAUCAGUACCGUCAUUAAUCAUCGCAGCGCAGACAACCACCCGUGGAAGGUGUGUUUACCUAACUGUGACGAUGAUGGGUGGGCGUACGCUUAAGCUUGCCCCCACUGUGAGUCAAUACAUCGAUAAAUUUUGCACCGAUCCGUCAUAGAGUCGACUUGACAAGUGCAGCAGAUGGAGACCAGCUGUUGCAGGUUUUGAGGUGUGUUUUGUGGACAGCACGGCCGCCCGAUCCCUGACGGACCCUCCUGUAUUUGUAUUGCUGCUGCUGUAAGGUGCACCGACAGCAGGCGUUCCACAGCAGUUGAUCACCUUCUUCCCGACAACAUAACCUUCAUAUAUAAGCUAUGGAUUUGAACGAAUCGGUCUGGUUUGAUACUUUCCCCACGACCAAAACUCCGUUUCACGGCUGGUCCUCCGAGCGGGUUUUCACCAGCAGCUUUGUCAAUGACUCGGACACGACCUCUUCAAACACGACCUUGCCAACGUUUGCCUUCAGCGUAGACAACAUGGUCUGGUCCUCGGUCGAGUUGGUCAUUGCAGCCAUUGGUGUUUUCGCUAACGGUCUAGUCGUCUACGUUAUCGCGAGAAACGCCGAUAUGAGAACCGUACCCAACAUCUACGUCCUGAACCUGUCUGUCGCAGACAUGCUGUACUGCAGUCUGUUCGUGCCCUUUCUCAGUGGGUACGUGCUGAACUCUCGCGGAUGGAUAUUCGGGCAGGCGAUGUGCGUCAUCAACAAGGGAAUCUACGCGGCAACUGUGAACGCCAGUAUCCUGUUCCUCACCGCCAUGAGCUUCGAGCGCUUCCGCGCCGUGUCCAACCCGCUCCGCCGACGAGGCCGAGGCUCCGGGACCAAGCGGACCCUGUUGACCUGCGCUGGGUUGUGGGUCCUCGCGGUCAUCCUUAGCCUCCCUUCGACGAUAUUUGCUAAGGUUGCGGUCGCCUAUGACAUGCAGCACUGCAGCAUCUGGAUCCCAACUGGCGACCUUAAAACAUCAAAGCAGGCAACCGUGGACUUCAUCAAAGCCCUCUUCAUGUAUCGGUUCGUGGCGUGGUGCGUCCUACCACUGUUCAUACUCGUCCCUACGUACGUUCUACUCUACAAGCGGAUCAAAGAAGGCAUGGAGAUCGCCGUGGCCAUGCAGGCGAGAAGGCGCGCCGAAAACCGAAACCGCGUGACCAAGAUGGUGACCGUGAUCGUACUGUUUUUCUUCUUCUCUUGGAGCCCUCUACACGUUACCAAUAUCAUUGAUCACUACGGGGCGUAUCCCUAUUCGGUCCCGGUAAACGUGUUAUCUUUUGUCGGCAUGCUGUCGUCCGCCAACUCGGCGGUAAACCCAUUCCUGUACGCACUCUUCGGACAGAGGUUCCGGCUACACAUCAAGAGGAUUCUGUGCGCAUGCGUGGGCCGCGAGGCAUCCUGGGAUACAAAAAUGAAUGACACUUUCGCCACCGGCGCUGGCUCAGACAAAACAAAGAUGACGCAUACUUAUAAAAGGGGAAUCUAUCUAGGCAGGUUCAGCAACAGAUUCAACGAAAGUCGAGAACUAGACACAGUUCCAACGGAAAUGGUUCUUUUAGACGGUUCGAACACUUCAAACGAUAGGAACAACCACCGAAAGGUUCACGAGAAUGGCAAGCGAGAAAUAGUUUUCGUGUCUUCUGUGUAGCUGUUUUAAUUUUUCGCUUGAGUUGUUCGUGGUUGUUGUUGCGGUGAUGUAAAGCUUUAUGUUAGCUGCUUGACAGUGCCUGUGUUAGUGUGCAUUAAGCGGUCGUUAACGGCAUCAGUGAGUGUAUAUGAUCAUGAAAGAAAAAUUACAUAGUAUAAUGAGUUUCUAUAUAUGCCUAUUAUUUACUGAAAGGAGUUCAAGGUGUGUGAGGGCUGCGAUAUAUCAUAGCGUUAUGAUUUUAAAAUGAAACCUAAAAGACUAUUUUCUGUGUGAAACUAUCUAUAUAAAAGAGUCUAUAAGCUAUUAUAAUUACACUACUGAUAAUGAAAAUAUACAAUCGACAAUAAGAAGAUACGAAAUACAUGUGUGAUUUUUCUGUCUCCUUUUUGCUGUAAGCAAAUAAAUUUAGAUAUCAUAGUAUUGCCU